CAUCAAAACCACAUUGUUCUCUCAUCUAAACCGUCGGAUCACAAUCCACGUCAUCAAUCCUCGUGAAAUUAACAUUCGACGGUUCAGAUCUGAUCUCAAAGACGGUACUGCUUCAAGCUCAUGAGUCGAACCUUCUCUAACCCUUUUCUCUUUCUUCUCCUUCUCCAAAAAUUCUCCAGGAAAAUCGAAUUAUUUUCUCGGGAAAAAUCUUGUAAACUGAGAGAAAGAUGACUGACGGUAAGGACUUCAAAGACAAAGAAGAGCCUGAGAUUCAAGUUCUAAGCGACGACGAUAGUGAUGAAGAAGAGCAAGUUAAAGCCGGUGGUGAAGGAGGUAGCGACGACGACGAAGGUGAAGAAGAUGGAAGUGAAGGAGAUGAUGAUGAUGAGGAGGAGGAAGACGAUGACGAUGAUGAUAUUCAGGUCUUGCAGUCUUUAGCUGGUCCUCCUGUACAAUCAGCGGAAGAUGAAGAUGAGGAAGGUGAUGAAGAUGGAAACGGAGCUGACGAUGAUGAUGACGACGACGAUGACGAUGAUGAUGAUGAUGAUGAUGAUGAAGAUGCUGAAGAUGAGGCGGAUCUUGGAACAGAGUACUUAGUGAGGCCGGUUGGUAGAGCUGAAGAUGAGGAGGAUGCAAGUGAUUUUGAGCCGGAAGAGAAUGGUGUGGAGGAGGAUAUUGAUGAAGGAGAUGACGAUGAGAACGAUCACUCGGGUGGUGCUGGGAAAUCAGAGGCUGCUCCUCCAAAGCGGAAGAGAGGUCCUGAAGAAGAUGAAGAUGAUAGUAGUGAUGACGAUGAUGAGAGACCUCCAAAGAGGUAGUAUUCGAAUCUGAUAAGACAACACAAUGAAACCAGAGAGAGCUUUUAUGUUUUCUUUUUAAAAAAAAAAUUUGGGUGUUGUGAGAUUUGAAUCAUUGGUUGAGGUUUAUGUAAGUUUAUUAUGGAGCAACGAGAGUAGUUUAAAAGUAGGGGCUCUUUUUUUUUCGUUUUAUGCAUUGCUGUUUCUAUUUUUUCUUUUUGUACCUUUUUUUAGUGAGUCAAUAACUAAUGAAUGUUUCUCCAGCAAUUUACCUGUAGUUUCUAA